AGGCCGACUACUCUCGGCCGCAGACAGCGAAAGUUGCCCCGCGAAGUUACCGAUUGUGCAGUCUCGGACAUGUGGCGUUGUGAUUGAGUGUAAGGUGAGACUUCCACAGUGACACAGUGUUGUUCCCAGUGCGGCUCUCAGCGGCGAUACUGCCGCCCUCGCUCACUUCUUUCUUCUUCUGCUGCCAGGCCCGCAGUUAUAUAAUUUCCAGACGAUUUCCUCGCAAGGCUCUACUAUGGCGAACGGAUUCAUCAUACUCCUCUGCCUAACGAUAGCCAUCUCCUCCGCCUACCCCACCGCCAAAGAUGCGGAUCUCGUCACGGAACCCAAACCAGGUGAUGAAUUCGUCUUCGUCCAAUCCACUGGCCCCGACGCCAGGCCCAUCUCCAGGAAGGACAAAGUCACCGAACAAGACAGACCUUUCGAGACUUCCCACAAAGUUCCUGCCUCCCUUACCUAUUCCCUGAAGGAUGGAGACGUGAAGAAACCCACCAAACCCAUAAAACCAGUAAAACACAUCCAGAAAAGAGAAGCCAAUCCACAGGGGGCGGCACCAGCCCCAGCGGGAGCCAUCAAGUUGGACAUCAAAGCUCUCCUCAAAAAGUACGAAACUGAACUGAAAACGAGCACCACACCAAAACCGAAAGCUGCCGCAACCACCACCAAAUCUGGUAGACGACGUGGUUCCAACAAGAGGGCGAAAAGAGCAAUUCGACAAAAGGCCUUACAAGUUACCAGCCCCAGCCCUGUCUUAACCACUGCAAAACCAACACCCAAGAAGGUCGAUGACGACGAUGACGUUCCUCUAUUUGGCUCUGCCAGUGACAAACAGAGAUCUAGAAUUCAGAUCAAGAAAGGACCUAAUGGCCAAGAGUACGAGUAUGAGUACGUGUACUAUUAUUAUGACGACGAAGAGGAUCCUAAAGACGAGAAAAAGGUUACCAACGCCCACGAUGGUCCAGCUCGCAACCAGAUCACCAGGGGUGAGAAAAACCGCGAAAAACCCACCCCCGAGGCCAACGAGGUAGUUCCAUCCCGCGGGAGCAAGACCAGGGGUCGCCAACUCGGCGAAGAGGAGACAGUCAACGAAGAACGACUUCCGGCCAACACCAGGUUCCCACCAAGGAGUCGAAACCUUAACACCACUCCCAUUGCGGAAGAGGAAACCACCAAAGCAGUCACCAGAGGCCGUGGUAGGGGAAGGCCAACAACUGAGACAGCACCCAACGCUAGCAGUGAGGCCGAUAGCAUUUCAGACGAAACUCAGGGAACCAGAGGCAGAACCCGCGCCAACGUCCGCAGACCAUCCCUGGAUCUCGUGGACAGCGACAGUUUCAACACGCAUAGCGCCAACUCCGGAAAACCUUCUUUCCCACAAGAACUCCCCGAAGGACCGGUACGUUUCUUGGGAGCGACACCCAACGAGCGCAUCGAACUCGACCCAGAAGAAGAACCUGAAGAAGCUGAAGAAUCUGAUAUUGCGGAAAAGAGCGAGACCAAAGUUGAGGAAGAGGACGAAGAAGAGGAUGGUACAAGUCCACCCGCCGAAGAAGGUACAACGGUUAUGUCGCCAAUGGAUAAGGUAGCUCUGGACCUGUACGCAAUCUCUCAAGGAACCCAGAAGCUUUUCGGGGAAGGUGAGGAUGGUGAAAUCAGCACUGAGAGUGAGAAGAUUGCUUCAACUGAAGAGGGUGAAGCUACUACCGAACCCGUAACAGAAACUGUAGAGCCAGAAACGACGACAGUUACGACCACAACUACUACCACCACGACAACCACCACGACCCCAGCUCCUACCACAACUACUACAACGACAACCACAACCACAGAAGCGGCUCCAUUCGGACGAGGCAAAUUCGGUGGUGGAAGACGUGGUGGAAUCGGCGGAAGGAAGACGACCGCCCAAGCUGCCUCCACCACUGAAGCAGCACCAGCGGAAUCUAAACCCAAGGGUAAAUUUGGAAGGCCCAGUUUCGGAGGAAGGGCGAGACCUGGAAGCAAGACUACCGUAGCACCAGCCGUAGAAGAAGAGGCGCGCAAAGAAGAAGCCAAACCGGCCAGCCACUCAAGACCAUCUCUGAACAGAGGUCGCUUCGGCGCUUCUAGACCACGUGGCCGCACUACCGCCGCCACUGAAGAACCUAAGGAGGAGUCAUCCAGCGGCAGUGGCAGCAGCACUGCCGCACCAUCACGCCCAUCUCUUCCAAGAGCUCGACCAUCCUUCAAUCUGAGAACUAGAGGACGCACAACUGCCGCACCGGCUACGGAAGAGGACCAACCCGGUGACGAAUCUUCUCCCGUUACCACAGAACCUAUCAGCAGCACCACUGCCAAGGGAAGAAGGAUCGCCGCACCUGGUGUCAGGCCACUGAGACCUGGUCCACGGAUCAACUUGUCUGCUAGAGGUAGACCUGGAGCAGCUACUACUACUUCAACUACGACAACUGAAGCCCCGCCUGAAGAUCAAGUAGCAGAAGCCGAGGAAGAGCAUGAAACUCCCGAUCAAGAGGCAAGCGAAAAGGAGGAAACCCCUGCCGCUCCAGUGGACAACAGUCCACUAGGCCGUCUCCGCAACAAGAACCGCAUCAAUGUCCAGCAGCGUCCAAAGGCUGCAGCUAGCGCCCCUGUCCAGGUCCGCAGAGUGAACCCGCUCAUAGCUAGGAGACGUCCGGGACAAACUACUGAGGCGCCUUCAAGUGAGGCACCUCAAGAGUCGCCAGCCCCCGAAGAGUCCGAAGAUGAAGACGAAGAAGGUACAGAGGCAGCACCGAGCUCCAGCACUACAGAAGAACCAAAGGGAUUGAAUAAACUCCUAGCCGGAAGAAGGCGACCCGGUGUUAGGACACCAGGAACCCUAGCCCACCGUACCUAAGGCUGAAGGACUGAAUUCUCUCACUAAGUGAUGAAUAUAUGUGUAUGUAGUAUAUGUGAUCGUAUGUUUGGCUUGAAAUAUGACGGCUAUAAAAGUUGCCAUCAAAUUUAGCAGCAAAAUUAAAGAAUAACUAAAAAUAAAUAGGUAUACUUUCGCCAUUUAUAGAGUUUCUGGAUACAUUCUUCAGAAGCUUCUAUUGGUCCCACAAUACCCAGUGCUGUGAAAAAUCCACUAAGGAUCCUGUCAAAAUUGUCAUUUUAUUAGAAAUAAAACACCAUAUUGUUUCUUUGACGUCCUCAAUAAUUGUUACUUCGUAAGGAAGAGCGAUUGAUUAUUCUUAGCAGUUCUCAGUAGGUUAAUUAAGUAGGUAUAUCAAUAAUUUGUCCACACUUGUUAAGAUUAAGCCUAUUUAUUAUUCUUAACCAGUUUCCGACGUUACCUAGUUUUCAUUUAAUUUUAGGUUAUUAGUUACGUUUCAAUUAUCUGUUAUUACCUGUAAAUAUCUUUGUUUUAUGUUUUCCUACUGAAAUAAUUGCUUGGUUAGGAAGUUAGUCCCUACUCAUAGGAGAAAAUUUCAUAUAUUGUAUUUUUUAUACUCUUUUUUUAAGUGUUUUUAGGAUUAAGCAAAUGCAGGCCUGCCACGUGCCAAUACUACAUUUAAUAAACAUUUUUGUAAUUUAUUAAAAAUAAUUGAAAUUCCAAUAUUUUGUACAUAAAUAAAUAAAAUAAA